AUGACUAAAACUCGUGGGACUGAUAUGGCAAAGAAAAAGGAUAAAAUUGAUUCUAAAUCGGAUAUCAAGUGUAUGGCUCAUCAGCAUGCUGAAUUUCUCGAUAAGUUAAUAAAUCUUAUCCCGGCGAGAUUCUACUUACCUGAUGAGACGGAAAGAAAGUGGUUUCCAGGUCUCCGCAAGCAUGAAAAAAUUGAAGCCAAGAGACAAACAAAGGAGAACCUAGGCGAAGCGAGGAGGGAUAGGUUGGACCCAGAGAAGUCUGCUUUGACGACUCUGGAUUUGCUGAUGUUGAGGAUAGAGAAGGAAAAGUCGAGUAAUGAUGACAGUGAGGAGGAAACAGAUAACAAGAAGCCUAAGACUGCUGGUUUUCAGAAGGGUGAUUCUGUUUCGUACGAGGAGCUGAGGCAACGUCUCCACCGCAAAAUUGACGAGCUUAAAGGCGGUCGUGGUGGAGGUUCAGGUGGACCAAGAAGCCAUGAAAGAAGGAAGAGGAUGCUGCCAAGUAAGAGAAAGAGGGACUCAGUUUCUGAGGAGCAGACGGUGGAAGAGAAUAAGUUAGCAGAUAAAGGCAAGGCUAAGUUGGACGUUGAAGAGGCUGCGAAGGACCUUACAUUUGGUUUUGUCAAGAUCGACGACGGUGAGGAACAUGGAAAAGAUAAAAAGAAACGGAGACUUUCAAAGGCAAAAGAACUUGAAAGGGCUAUGAAGUUAGAGGCUGCGAAGAAGGAUCCAGAAAAAGGUGAAGUAAUUGCAAAGAAGCACUCAUGGCAAGCAGCCACAAGCAGAGCAGCUGGUAUCAAGGUUCACGAUGAUCCAAAGCUAUUGAAGCAAAGUAUCCACAAAGAAAAGAAGAGGCACGAGAAGAACGCAGAGAAGUGGAAGGAAAGAGUUGAAGGACAACAAAAGGUCAGGGUGGAGAAGCAGCAAAAGAGAUCAGGGAAUAUUGCGGAUAGGAUUGAACAGAACAAGAUGCGGAAAAUCGCCAAGAGGGAGAAAAAGCUCCUGCGUCCUGGCUUUGAAGGCCGCAAAGAAGGGUUUAUCAAUGAAGGUGGCAAGUAA